GGGGGCGGGAAAAGGCUCUGGCAUAGGCUGACGAGUUCUCGUUUUUGAUUGGCUUACGAAAUCUGAUAAUUUAUGCUUAUUUUCGUGGCGCGAUUAGCAUUCCUAAACAAAUAUGGCGGAAGGUACCGCCGAAAUCGAAACACCGAAGAAGAAAUCCCUUGCGUAGACUUUGCUGUGAGGCCACUGAAAGUCGACACGUGGUCAAAGUAUUUGGAAAAGCUGGUGUUAGUCAAGAACUCGCCUCGAAAAUAGAAAGUACCUGUGCUGUUUCGCUUCGCGAGAGUGAUUAUAAGUUGAAUUCUGUGUGCCGCAAAUGCAUAAACUUCGUAAACAAGAUGUACGAUUUUGUGAAGAAAACGAGACGUGUCAACCAGACCAUCUAUUUGCAGCCAACGGACGUCUCUGUAAAGCGUUGCAUUGAUGUUUCACCUUCGUCCUGCCAGCAAACGAAGAGGAAAUCUACGACGCAAGUGACAGCGAAAGAACUCUUCCCUCCCUCCCAAACCGCCAACGCGAAUGAAGACCCGAUGUCUCAGGACGAAGUAGUCCCAAUUAUGGAUGGAGAACACAACUCAACGGCCGUGAAUGAGGCGACAUUGACAAUUACUCAGCAAAGAAUGCUUGUAAGUGCCGUAAACUCAAGGGAUGCUGCUGUUGUGGCCAUGAUAUUACAUGAUUACUGCACAAACGUUGUAAAAGAAUUGGAUGGUCUUCGCUUCAGAGACAUCGAAUCAUUUUGCGCAAAACUCUGCAAACGGAAAAGGGGUUCUGUCCUACACGGACACGAUUACGAAAGCUCAGAAAAUUUCAAGUUUGUUGACAUUUGGAACGAGCUUCUUGUCAAUUUUCCCUUCAUUGUGUCAGUGAUGAACGCUCUUUCUGGCAAAACUAGCGAUCAGAGAGAGGAACUACGAGUGAAAUAGGCUCUUAUUUACUCUA